CGGCAAAACCCCGAAGAAGGGUUUUAGUCGGCGGGACAUUUUCCGGGGAGAUGAGUGGGGCGGGAGUACCGGACUUCUUCUACCGGGAGGCCCUUCGGCUUGGCUAUGUCGCUCGUUCUGCCUUCAAGUUGCUUCAGAUGCAGAACAAGCACAAGCUGAUAACGCGGGGCUCGGCCGUUCUUGACCUGGGCUGCGCUCCUGGUGCUUGGCUGCAGGUGGCUUGUCAGAGCUUGGGGCCCCUUAAAGAUGGCGGGUCUGUCGUUGGGAUUGACCUCAAGAAGGUGAAGGUUCCCUCGACUCACUGUGACUCGCGGGUUCGAACGGUUUGUGCCGAUGUAUUGAACCUCCCAAAGCAACAGAUCAAAACGCUUUCUCCUCAGCAAAAAGGGUUUAAAGUCGUAUUAUCUGACAUGUGCCCCUUGGUUUCCGGUGUCCCUACUAGAGAUGCUGCUCUAUCCACUGAGUUAGGGAUGCGGGCACUUGGGGUAGCCGUUGGUAGGGCUGCCUGGGGUGACGCGGUUGAUGGAAGUUCGGAAGAUUCCAAUGAUGAUGAUGGUGUGCUGCAAAUCGGUGGUAGUCUGAUCAUAAAGCUUCUCGAGAGUGAGGAUGUACGAGAAUUCAAUCAGAUAUGCAAGCCACUAUUCAGAAAGACAUCGUGGUUGAGGCCAAAAGCUACGAGACCUUCUUCAAGAGAAAUUUAUUUGAUCUGUCAAGAUCUGCAGCGGAGGACUUAAGUUCCUGACCUCCUUUUUUUCAUCAAGGAUGCCUACAGGUUCCUCGGAGGCUUUUGCUCAGCAUUUGUAACUUAAAUUUCGAUGCUUUUGUAGUUCAGGGUGUAGCCUGUAUGGAACACAUAACCUUUUUUUUUGAAUUUCUCAAUUGAAGCGCUUCUUUCAACAUUGACAUUGUGAUUCUGAUGUUUGUGGUUCUGGUAUUAGUUGCAGUUUGAGAGUGCACUUUAUCA